AUGUUGCGGCUGGUACUCGUAGUACUCGUCUGGCACUGGGUUGCUGCCGAGAAAAGCGUCUUCAAAGUUCUGGAAAAUCUGCAACCAUCACAAAAAUGUCAACAGCAGUUGGGUGAAUUUGUAAGAAAUUGGGCUUUAAAUGAAAAUUCGUGGGCUCUUCAAAUGAUGGAUGCCACUUCCAAAGUACCUUCUGGUAUUCUCAACUACAACUUCGCUGAAAUGGGAGACUUCCAACAAUGCGUUCAGAUUGAAACCAGUGGUACCACAACCGAAACUAUUCUAGGAAAGUACUGCCUGGGAUAUGUCUCGUUUGGUAAUGAAACUUCAAACAAAUCAAAAAUCGACACUAGUUCUAUUAGAACUACGUCGGUACUACCACAAGCACCCACAUGGGCCUUAUGUCUACCAAAUGGUUGUACCUCUGAUGACGCAAAUCUAAUCGGAAACGCGGUACUUCGGGCACUGUUUCAACAAGACCAAAUUAGAGUCGAUUUUUCAGAUUUUCUUUGCCAAACUACCAACGACGUUAAUCCUAGCUUGACGAUCGACGCUAUAGCUGCAAUAACUAUACUAGCGAUAUUGGUAGCCACUGUUUUAGUAUCUACAUUCUACGAUAUCUACGCACAUCAUUCGUGCCCAAUGAUAAUUAAAGCGUUCUCUGUGUACACCAAUGGGCGCACGAUUUUUACGACAACCACGCCCACUCCUGACCACCUUUCGUGUCUCAAUGGCCUCAAAUUUAUUAGCAUGAUGUGGAUAGUACUCGGGCACCAAUUUUCCAUCCCGAUUUAUGGCUCAAUAACAAACACUAAAUACGUACUACAAUGGACUGACAAACUUCACAGUAUGGUCCUAAUAAGCGCCACUUUAUCAGUCGACACGUUUUUUACAAUUAGUGGCGUUUUAAUGUCGUACGGUUUCAUGAAAACGAAGUACCGAAGUACUCGUUUCAACAUACUAUUUUAUUAUUGUCACAGAUACGUCAGACUGACAGCACCUUUAGUACCAGUGGUACUUGUGAGCGCGACUCUCCUCAAGUACCUCGGCUCGGGCCCCAAGUGGCCCUACAUGUUUCUUUAUUUCCAAAAAAACUGCCAAUUAUACUGGUGGUCCACGCUUCUAUACGUACAAAACUACGUCAACAUCUCCAACAUGUGCGUCGGCCAAACUUGGUACCUCAACGUCGACAUGCAGCUGUACUUAGUUUCCCCUUUGGUACUCUACGUGUUAUUCAAGUACCCAAAAGUUUGCCUACCUUUGAUGGGUACCACCACCCUACUAUCAAUCCUGUUUACAUUCUACGUAACUUGGCAAAACGAGCUGUCAGCCAUUCUGUCAAACUUUUAUACUACGCACUCAGUCGAUUAUCAGAAUCGGUACUAUCUGCUAACGCACACGAGAUUCGCCCCAUGGGUCAUCGGCGCCGUCUUGGGUUACUUCAUAUUUAAACUCAAACACGACGAGAUUGCUUUGGCAAUGAGUAGGUCAGUAGUGUCGUUGGCUUGGGUUGUUUGUUUUGGUACUAUCGUGACGUGCAUAUUCGGGGGUCAUGGAACUCUCCGCGGUCCCGGGUACGAUAAGUGGGGCAACGCUCUUCACAUAGCUCUGGUACGACCUUGCUGGUCGCUGGCUAUAGCAUGGGUUAUUUUGGCCUGCACAAGCAACAACGGAGGUGUUGCAAACUGGAUUCUUGGUAGUUCCAUGUUCCAAGUACUUAACCGAUUUACGUAUGGGAUUUUUCUGACGCACGUGACUUUGCUAUAUGGGGUGGCAUACGGGCGAAAAACGCCCGUUUAUUUUAGCGAGUUCGAUAUGGUGUACCAGUUCGGCGGCACUCUCCUCUUGUGUUUUGGACUAGCGGUACUACUUGUAUUAACAACCGAGUGUCCUGCGAUGGCCGUAGAAAAAAUUUUGCUCGGAAAAAGGGACAAAAUUUUGGCAAGUACCCACGACCUGGACGCUGAGCAAAUCUCCCUCAUCGAAGAACGAAUCGAAAGGGACAAAGUUUGA